GCGGGAUGAAAAUCAAAAGAAAAUCCUUUUGGGCGGGGAUUAUUCCCGCUUGGUGUUUUGGAAUAGCUAUAAAUCUCAACCCUAAAAUCAUUCGAGAGAUGUUAAGAGAUUUAUCUUUUUUGGGGAAUUAUCAGAGAUCAAAAACAGCAAGAUGUCUCAAACCAAAAAACAACUUUCCAAGAACAAAAUUGGGAGCUUCGACAGAGCAAGCAUAUCCCCUGGACAGUUGAGGUCAAAUUACGGUAGCGUAAGGAAUAGAGGAGGAAGGGCUAGUCAACUCAGUCGUCAACAAUCAGCGCGCCAUUCAUUGGAGGAUUUGGUUGAACCACCAUCGCGUUCAGGAAAAUCAAGAAGAGGAUCAAUAUUUCAACAAGUUCGUAGAAAGAAACAACAACUAAUGAAUCAGCAACCAUCAUGUCAAAUCGAAGAGCAUGAACAAGUGGAGGAAGAAUACCUUCAACCACCAGAAGAAAGAUCAGGAAGAACUCGUAACACUCCCUUGCCAACACGUUCACCACCACCGCGAGACAGGGGUGGACAAAGUCUUCCUAUAACACCAAGCAGGUUACCUCUAAUUGAUGAUGAUUUUCUUGAUUCUCCGAGAAGUUCUCCUAGAGGACUUGUCAGUAAUCAAGUACUAACCAGCAGGUCUAAUGAUUUUAUUAAUUCUUUAAGGAGAUCUCCACGGGGACUCGACAAUAAUAGGGUACAAAGAUCGCUUGAGGCAGAGUACAGUGCUUCAAAUACCGUACAUAUGCAAAGACAUCGUCAAGUCCAACAUCAAUCAGAUCAACUUUAUAACACUCAAGUAUCAAGUUCUUCUCGGCAACAACCAUUGGGAUUACAACAUCAGGGUAGUCGAAGUUCAUCUUCCCAACGACAAUCUCAAACACCAUCAAAUGGUGCUCCUCUUGGAAACCGAAACAUCUCGAAUCAGAAUACUUCACACUCUGAGCCACAACAAAAUGAUACUCCUGAAGAUCAACACCUCCAGCGGAAGCAUCCUUCACGUUCAACAUCUAAUUCUCCCCAGUCAAAUGAAGAAUGUGGUACUGCAGAAAUAACGGCUGUAUCAUUAAGGAAAAAAAGAGGGCGCAGCUGUAUGAAGGAACUUUCCAAAUUUAGGGGACAAAUACUUGAAUUGGAUCUCUAUGAAGGUAGACUAUGUCGUUAUAAAAACGAAGUCGCAAUCAAUUCAGUGUGCAUGUGGACUAGGCAAAGUCAGAACUGUCCUUUGAAUUACGAUGCAUUUGAUGAUAUUCCUCCUAUAAAUUCAGCGUGUGAUCAAAAAUCUCUAUGACUACUUUACAUUCAAGUCUCGCACUGGAGAAGACCCAGAGGAAGCAAUCAAGAAAAUAAUGAGGAAUGCAUAUAAUAGGCAUAGGCACAAAAUUCAUAAAGCAUACCUAAAGAUUCAAAACCUUAGUAGUCACGAGGUAGCUUUGGCCUCCGAACCACCCUCUAAACUGGAGAUUAACAAAGAGGAUUGGAUAUAUAUGUGCAAGACUUUCGCCACGCCAGAUUUCAAGAAAAAAUCAGGCAGGGGGAUUGCGGCUGCUAAAGCAAAGGAAAUUAAUCAUAGUGCAGGCAAUAGAAUUUUUGCCAGCAUAGAAUAUGAAUUGAUUGCGGAGAACAAGCCUUGUGAUGCGGUGAUUUUGUUCUCAGAAACCCAUGGUUCUAAAAAAUUACCACCGAAAUGUCAGGAGAUGAAA